GGGGCAGCAGUGGCCAUGCCUUAUAUAAGAACCCUGAGGAGCCAGCCCGGGCGUGCCAGUGUGGUUAGCCAGGACUGGUGUGCUAUGGAGGCUGAGGAGGCCGCAGCAGUGGUGGCGAAGGCGGCACUGCGGACACCCAAGUGCUCCCGCUGCCGUAACCACGGCUUCGUGGUGCCGGUGAAGGGCCAUGCCGGCCACUGCCGCUGGAAGCUCUGCCUGUGCGACAAGUGCGCCCUCAUCACUGAGCGCCAGAAGAUCAUGGCAGCCCAGAAGGCCCUGAGGCAGCAGGUGCCCGACCCCCCGGCUGGGGCAGCCACAGGGCCCGCUCCCCCAGGCGAAGGCUCUGGGGUGGCUGCAGGAGCGACCAGUGCCCCCGAGCAGAGCGGCCACGAGGGGAUGAAGGGUGCCCAGCCCGCUGGCGGCAACAGCAAAGGCAUGGCAUGCAGGGGGCUGCCGCCGCCACCUCCCAGCGGCCCUCCCUUCUGGGACUACGCUCACCCUGCUUUUCCUCCAGAAUACAUGGUCAACCCAGAAUACCUGGAGAGAGAACCUCCGAAAGUGUACCCUGGCUGUUCUGGGGUAUAUCCUUACCACCCAUUUCCCAUGGGAUUUGCCAUCAAUGAGUCAAGCUGCAGGGGAGCAGCAUCACCUCCAGGGAUAUCACUUCAGAGAGGUUUUCGACACAUUCCUAGCAACUAUGGGCCAGGGACUGCAGCUUCUGUGUCAAUUCCAGAUGGAGGUGGGGAUUUCCAUCAAGGAUACUACACUCCUCUGCCUCAGUUCAUCCCACCAAGUUUUCUGCCAGGGAUUCAUUACAUUCCACCUCCCCUUUCACUGAACAUGUUGGCUGAAACAACCAAGGAAGCACAUGCUACUGAAGCUGACAGUCAGGAUUCAGGGAUGGUUCGUGAACCUGGCCAACCAUCUUCUUCCCCAGAAGAAAGAAGCAGAGACCAAUCUGUAUAUUCUAAACAGUAAAUGGGCUGGAGAAGAGUUGAGUAGCAGGCAGCGCUAUGUUCAUUUCUGAGGAGAGUGUUAGUUAAUAUGAGGGGAGAGUGACACUUAGUCACUGAGCAGCCACAACAGCUAGAAGAAGGGGAUUAGGCCCCUGCCUCACUUUAUGAUCAUGUUAGUGCUACCAGGCUCACAGCUCUGCCUCCCUAGCACUGUAAAGCCCUUGUUCCUAAAAGAGGUUUUCCAGAGCCAUGGUAAAUCCCUUCCCCCUUAAGGAGGUGGAAGCAGCAAAUGAUUAUGACUCUGAAUUUGUUUCCUUUGCUGAGGUUAGAUGGCUCCCUGACUUUGGAGUGAGGUCUCCGAGCCAUGUACAUUCUGUAGCCUUCUCAUGUUCAUGACAGUAGUCAAAAAUAUGUUGUUUGUAUAUCAAUUUGCUGUAAAGGAAGCCUGGUUCUGAAUAUUAUGGAAGAGUUAAGUGAGGUGGAGCCUGAAGACUAAGAGGAUGGGAAGACAGUCUGGGUUGCUGAUUUACUUGGCUGCCUAAGAACAUGAUUCACUGGAUUCAGCAGGGUAAAGGAACAGUAGGUACUUGGUACACUUGUCAAGAAGGGCGUGGGAGGAAUUUGCAGAAAGGUCUGAUACAGGCUGAAAUCCAGUGCCUCCGCAUUGUUUUCUGGGUGAACUGCCUUUAAGGCACCUUCCGUUCAGGUUGGAGACAGACUGAUUUGGAAUCGCUUCAUGUCACACAGGCUUCAGGAUUUUGAAUGUCCUUGAUGGUUUAUACGUAAUUUCAAUGUUGUUUAACUCAGUACAGCUGAAACUAAACAGUACUAUUUGUUUCUAAAGGGCUCGCGUAGACAGCUUUAUACAUGUGUAUUGGAAGUGUGCUGUGGCGUAUCAAAGGUGUGCAGAGAUUACCUAGGAAACUAGGACAAAACACCAUUUAGCAUAAUAAUUAGUCAAAUCCAUACAUAUUAUAAUUUUCAAUGAUAAUGUUUAAUUAAAAAUUAAAGGUACAUUCCUCUACUGUUUUGCCUAGAGGAAUUGGUUUUGUAUUAAGUGGAUCAGUUGUUCACGUUUGAAUAAUUUGGGGGGACUUUUGUAUAAUUAAAAAAGACACAUUAAAUUGUUGGUAUGGUUUUGAUUAUUUGAGGCUUGCAUAUCUACACAUAAUUUUUCUAGCCAAAUAUCAGAUGUUGCCCUGAACAGCUCUGUGUAA